ACGUCAGAGCAGUAAGACGCUGGCCGAAAGUCGCGAAGGGCUAGUGCUCGUCUCACAGAGGAGUAGGGUUAGAGCGCAUGCUAUUCUCGACUUUUUAAUUCAUCGUUUGUGUUUUUAACUCGCUCGGCGGGGCUUUCGAACAGCCCGUGACACUUCGAAGCCGUUAAAUCUUAAACUGGUUUUAUGUAAGUCGCCUUUUUACUCUCUGAGCUCUGAAUUGGUGGGUUGACCCUCGACAUGGAUAUUAGCUAGCUUAGCUAGUCACCGAGAAACCGAAGUAACGGCGCAUCAGAGGGUCCCCGUCAAGAGUUUUAUCGCUUUUAAACGCAGUUUAUGUGCCUGGGAUCGAGCGCUCUGGGGCAAACCAUCGCCUUGAGUGUUGCCAAAGAAAAACUGAAGUUCGGGAGAAGUAGCUAGUUGUUGAAGUUAGGGAAGAAAAGAGGUGGGAGAUGUUGACUAACGCCAACAGUCCGCCGAAGUUUCCAAACCAGCAGCAGCAGCAACAACAACAGCAGCAGCAGCAACAGAAUCCAGCCCAGUUCAUGAUGGGAAAAGCCUCACUUCAGAUCAAGAAAAAUGCCAUAACCGACGACUACAAGGUCACUAGUCAGGUCCUGGGACUGGGCAUCAAUGGCAGGGUUCUGGAGAUCUUUCAUAAGAGGAGUGGGGACAAGUAUGCUUUAAAGAUGCUUCACGACUGUCCCAAAGCUAGACGAGAGGUGGAGCUGCACUGGCGGGCAUCCUCGUGUACCCAUAUCGUCAGGAUUAUUGACGUCUAUGAGAAUCUCUACCAAAACAGGAAGUGCCUUCUUAUUGUAAUGGAGUGCAUGGAUGGUGGUGAGCUGUUUAGUCGGAUUCAGGACAGAGGGGACCAGGCAUUUACUGAGAGAGAGGCUUCUGAUAUCAUGAAAAGUAUAGGAGAGGCCAUUCAGUAUUUACAUGCAAUAAACAUCGCACAUCGAGACGUCAAGCCAGAGAACCUCUUAUAUACCUCUAAAAGGCCCAACGCCCUUCUCAAACUGACAGACUUUGGGUUUGCAAAAGAGACAACCUCACACAACUCUCUGGCUACCCCUUGCUAUACCCCUUAUUAUGUUGCCCCAGAGGUUCUUGGUCCAGAAAAGUAUGACAAGUCCUGUGACAUGUGGUCUUUGGGUGUCAUCAUGUAUAUUCUGCUCUGCGGUUACCCACCUUUCUAUUCCAACCACGGAUUGGCUAUAUCCCCUGGUAUGAAAAAACGAAUCCGCAUGGGGCAGUACGAGUUUCCAAAUCCUGAAUGGUCGGAUGUUUCAGAGGAAGCCAAGCAGCUCAUCAGAACAUUACUGAAAACUGAGCCGACACAAAGGAUGACCAUCACAGAGUUUAUGAACCACCCCUGGAUCAAUCAAUCAAUGGAGGUGCCACAGACGCCCCUACACACCAGCCGUGUUCUGAAAGAAGAGAAAGACACAUGGGAGGAUGUCAAGGAAGAAAUGACUAGUGCCUUGGCAACAAUGAGAGUCGACUAUGAGCAAAUCAAAAUCAAGAGGAUUGAAGACUCGUCCAAUCCACUGCUGAUGAAGAGGAGAAAGAAAGCCAACAAUACGGCUGCCGAAAACGAGACUCCCGCUUGCUAAGGACACAUUCGCUCUGACGCACACACGCACAGACAGAUUUUUACCAUACAUCAGUUGAAAUCUUUGAUUUAAGAAAGCAAUAACUCAUCAAAAAAGUUAAAGCAAGAGUUUUUUUUGUUUUCUUUUAAUAUUUCUUUUUAAUCACUCAGUAUCUGUAACUAAUACACCACUUUGCCAUCAAAACAAAGGGUCUGUACAAUUAUGAUACAAGACUAUACAUUUUGGAGUUGUGAAGUCCCUGACAGCCACUAAUUUGCUCCUUAAAGUGCUCACAAGUACUGUUUUUCACAGGGUGUUUAGUGGGGUAAUCAGAAUGCUAAGUUAGUUACCUUUUGCAUUAUUAUUAUUAUUAUUUUUAUUUUUUUUUUUACAUCAAAAGCCAUUGGUACAUGAGUUCACAAGUUAUACACACUUGACACCGUUUGUUUUAAUGAUGUUCCAUUCUGAGUUAUGGGACAGCUCGUAAAAUACGUUGCCCUGUAAUAGAACGAUUAUUCAGUUUCCUUUUCUUCUGCUCAUGUUCUGAGAAGCCUAUGCAUAGUGCUAGUUUUCCUGUUCGUUCUUCAUUAUAUUUGUCAUUUAUUUUGGCACUUGAAUGCUCUUUUACAGUAAAAGACAGUGCUGGUGUCCAGAUGGAAAUGUAUUUUUGAAAUGACUCUUUGAAUGUAGACGCACUCUGUUCUUUACUGUGAAAAAUGUCUGUCAGUAUUGUUCAGGGUUCUGUCAAGUAAAAUACAAGAUCUUUUUUGAGCUUUAGAUCCAAUGAGCCUUAUGUUGGUCUUCAGAUUGAGAGGAAAAUCGCAUUUUGCCCUGCUUUACAUUUGAUUUUAUGUAAAGCCAAUCCAGCGCGUUUUUUUUUUUCAGCCGAUUGCUGAAUUGAUACGCUUUCACGUUGUUCUGGGUGCACAGUGAUUUGCCUUGAAUUGAUUCUAUGCAUAUUUGUUUCCAACUAGUUUUUCCCUCCAGAGAUUUGUAAAGCAUGUCAGCACAUGCUGGCAUUUCAUUUAACAAAUACCAGUUUAAAAAUAAAAAAAGGUAGACGUGGUUUGCUGCUGUUUAACUCACAACCUUGAACCGCAAAACCGUCUGUAUUUUUUUUCUCAAGUGUAAAAUGAAUGAAUGAUGAAAUGGGAUCUUUGUGAAGGUGAUGGUUCUACAUGUGUUCUCCAAGCCAUCAGCUGUACUAUUCAUUAUGCCAGUGUUUUGUUUUUGUUUUUUUUUGGUCUUUUUCCAUGCCUACCAUGCAGUAAGUGUUUGAAUGCACCUGAGAGCAGUUUAUAGGUACCAGGUGUUUGAUAAAGGAACAAAUAAAAGCCCCCUUUGCUUUAAGGCCUUGUGUUUAAGGGAUGCAGGGAACCCUACACAUCCAGCAGACCGAUUUUUAGCUGCACUGAUUGACGAAUGCCGACAGGUUGUAUCUCGUUUCUUUUUCUUUUCUUUUUUUUUCUAAGCUGUAUAUUCAUAUUUGUUGUCUGAUUGAUCCUCUUUUUAAGGAUAUGAUUUAAUGAUCACAAAGUUGAACACGCGACAUCAAGUGUACUCCCAAGCAGCAGAUAUCUGCUAAAUGAUUUCAGUGCAAAUGACAGAUUCUGAAGGUUCUUUCAUAUUACAGCCAAGUUGAAAAACACAUUAGAAAGGCAGAUAUGUGUCCCGUUUUUAGUAUUUAACUGCUGUACUUAUUUCUUGGUCUGCUUCAACUUUGGAUUAAAACGCCUAAAACCCAA